AUGCUGGUGACCUAUUUGGAAGCCAGCCGGGACCUUUGCGAGACGGAUUCAAUUCUUUUUGGCGCCGCACUGGCAGUAUGCCGUAUUAUUGGCGCCAAACUUCCCGUGGCUGGACGUGCUACUCAAAAAAGUAGCGCCAUCCCAGCCUGGAGAAAAAGAAUUGAGGACCGUAUCGCAAAGGCAAGGGCCCUUAUCGGCAGACUGACAAGCUUCAGGUCGGGUAAUAAUAGACCGAGGAUUAUGCGCACCGUUAGGAUGGCGUUUGCUGGGACAAAUAUCAAUUUGUUCCAGCCGGAUAUCACGCAAAAACUAACGGAGCGCAUAGAUGACCUGAAGCAAAAAAUCGCUGCUUGGGGGAAGCGGAUUCGACGAUUUAGCGAGAGGUCAAGGCGGUUCAACCAGAAUCGUCUCUUCCAGAGUGAUCAGAAGAGGCUCUAUAAAACAUUGGAGCGACCAAAGGUAUGUGGAGCGGGCCCAGGACCGGAUCAGGCUGACACUGUCGCAUUUUGGCGUGGCCUGUGGUCAGAGCCCGUAAACCACAGCGAGGGCCCUUGGAUGGAAGUUGUGGCGAGCCAGAGUGCAAGUGUUACGCCUAUGGACCCCGUCACUAUAACGCCUGAAGACGUGGCUGAGGCGGUCCGUAGGGCCCCGAACUGGAAAAGUCCGGGGCUCGACGGGCUGCAUCAUUACUGGCUGAAGGGAUUAUGA